UUUCCAUGUCUAAAAAGAAGUUUACAUAUUACAACAUCUCAAUAUUGAAUGUUCUACCUAUUUGAAUUAAAAAUAUUAUUAUAAUUUAUAAUCAAUAUUCAAUAUUUACAUGACGUCGCUCAAUGGCAGAUGUCUGAAACAAAUAUGGACAGUUAUAUUGAAAAAAUGUAUGGAGACGAACCUGUAUUAACGCAGAAGAGAUUAUCCAACAAAUGUAUGCAGAAAUUUCUAAUGAAGUAAAUCAUGACAUUAGCGUCAAAGUAGAUAAAGACAGAACAUGGCCAGUAGAUUCUACCAAGUUUCUUAUAACAUUGCGUGUCUCAUAUAGUACUCAAUUUUUAUCAGCAAAAAAAAAAGGUAAAAAAUCUAAACUCUGGGAGCUAAUUACAAAUGAAAUGGCUGAAAAGGGCUAUUCGUUUUCGCCUAAAGUUUGUGAUGAGAAAUGGCGUAGACUAAGCACUCAACAUAGAAAAUAUUAUGAUUUAUCAAAAAAUCAGGCAACAAUGCAAUUAAAUGGCAGUAUUAUAAGUUAAUGGAUGAAGCAAUCAUACCUUUAGGAAAAAAACAGUCCAUAUCUCCUCCCAAAGAAUUACUGAAUGAGUCAUCACAUUCAUAUUACAGCGAGCCUUGUAGUUCUACCUCUACAUCCACAACAAUGACAUCAAAUAUCAUUCUAAAUCCACCUUCAUAUACAAUACCAACACCGUCACAAACAACAAUAUCACCAACGUCGCCACCAAAUUAUUCUUGUUCUACAUUUAAAGCAUGGUUUGGAAAAUAUGAAAAUAUGAAAAAAUAUCAAAUCAGUACACAAAGUAUUGAACUGAACAAAAGACUUGAUAAAUUGGAGAAAAGAGAACACGAACUGUUAGAAGUUCAGAAGCGACUUGUUGACAAAUUAAACACAGCCAAUGACAUUGAAAUUCAAAAGUUGGACAUGUUCAAAAAAAUGUUUAAGAUUGAUUGGAGUAAUAGUUAUUCAUAAUAAUAUACCUAUGCUCUGUUGUAUUUUUAAUUGUAAUAAAAGUAAUUAUGUUUAACACACAAUUAUAAUAACUAAGUAGAUUUGUUUGUUAUUUAUGUAUAAUUUUAGUUUAAACAAAACAUUAUGUAGUUUUUUAUUGUUUUUAUUUUUUAUUUUAUACCCAAGUUUAAGAAAGCUUAAGUGAACUAAAGGAAACAAAGUGUUUGUUAUCUAUGUAUAAUUUUAGUUUGAACAAAAUAUUAUGUAAUUUUUUAUUAUUUUUUAUUUUUUAUUUUAUACUCAAGUUUAAGAAAGCUUAAGUGAA